AUGCUGAUGAUCGUCGACGAACUCAUGAACGCGAUUGCUGCCAACGAGGGCAACACGGGAGGCAAACCUCUUCCAUGUGAAGUCUUUGAUGUCAUCGGGGGCAUCGGUGUUGGCGGCUGGAUCGCCAUCCUGCUGGGCCGACUACACCUGGACAUCCCAACGUGUAUACGGGCCUACGUCGAGAUCGUCAAUGCCGUCACCGCCCGCUCGUGGGUCGAGAAGCGCCGGUUACGAUGGCACAACGCCAAUUUCGACCAGCCGCGUCUUCUGACCAAGGUCAGCGACAUUGUGAAGCGAUACUCCAAGGACACCGGCGACACCGGCGACAAGAUGCUGUGCCAUGACACGCAGUGGCCGCGAUGCCAGUAUACCUUCGCUGCCGCGGCUGAAAAGGGCUCGAGCCCCAGUCGCAAAUACCAGAUCUUCCGUACUUACCCAACACCCGAGGGACCGCAAUGGCCAGGACCUGACGCUGCAGAGUGUCGGAUUGCCGAUGCGUUCGCGGCGACAGCAGCGUGUAAAUAUCUGUUCAACUCGUUCAGCCUGGACCACUCUUCCGUUAAGCUCUUCGAUGCUGAUAGCAUGGAUCCUCACGCCAUCACGCUUCUUGCCAUGGACGAAAUCACUAGUCUUACGUCCACGCCUCAUCCGAUCCAACUGGCAAUCAACAUCGGAUCAGGCGCAUCCACCGAGCGGGACUUUCGCUCGCUCGCCGGAUUUUCGAGGAUCUUUUCCUUUGGUACACCGUUGGAAAAGAGGGGGACUUUGCUCCGCGACACCAUUGCGAGAGACCUGCGCCAGUCAACACCGAAAACCAAGUUGGAAUUCGUAGAGCGGCUGGAUAUCCCACGGCCUGAAGGAGCCAGUGGUGCAUCCAAGCAGGAAACAGAUCCCCACGACGACAAGCUGACGGAGAUGGCCAUCCUGCUCGAGAACAAGUAUCACGAAGACAUUGAUGUUGCGUUGAAAGAGUACUAUACCCAGUAUCACAGCGGCUGUCUGGACCUCAAACCAAAGUACAUCUCGCUAGGACCGACGGUGGCACCGAGGAACACAGUGGUAAAUGACGUGGCGGCGGCCGACACCACAUAUCAGGCGACAUGCGCGUAUAUCAAGCGCCUGCGGCCGCAGAUUGAUGAAAAAGCGGCUCCGUUGUGUUGUUCAGACGAUGCAUUGCAGGGGGAUUGGACUGGAUAUGUCAAUUAG